GCCAUCUCCGCCCCGGCUGGCGGGACGCGAGCGCUCGGGGCUCGGCUAGCGCCGGCUCCUGCCCUCUGCAGCCGGGCUGGCCGGGGCGGGGAGCAGGCGCCCGACGAGACCCCCGGCCAGGGACGAAGUGGGAGGAACAAGUUUCUGUGAAAAUGAAUAAUGCAGGGGAAGCUGCAGAGUUUGCUAUGAAGAGGAGAAUAAGUGACUGAAAGAAAGAGAUAUGAAAAGAAUGGUAAGCUGUCCCCCAUGACGACCUCACCCACUAUGUUCUAUGGAUCUUCGUCCGCCAUGUCCUCACCUUCCAAAAACAAGCUCAAGCGUCAGAGCCGGAUAUUCUCUCAGCUCUUGUACCGAACGCUGAGCUACAAGGACCGCAGCUCGCUGUCGGCUUUCCCCCUUGCAAGCAGUGAUGACCCAGCUGAACUUUCCACUCAGGUUUCAGCCCCUGGGGUCCUGAAGGUAUUUGGGGGCAACAUCUGUGCGGGCACCAACUACAAGAGUGUCCUUGCCACGGGAAGCUCAAGUGCGCGGGAGCUGGUGAAGGAGGCGCUGGAGCGCUAUGGGCUGAGCAAAGUGGAUGCCAGCCACUAUGUGCUGUGUGAUGUCAUUGGGAUGUUCAGUGGCUCUGAGAAGCAGUGGCAAACGGAAGGAUUGCGAGUCCUCAGUGAUAAUGAGAAGCCCCUUCUGAUUCAGGACCUAUGGAAGCCCAAGGAAGGGUUCUCCCGGCGUCUGGAGCUACGGAAGAGAUCUGAGGUGGAGGAGCUGGCCGCGAGGGACGUAGACACAAUCACGGCAGGCAUUAAUGCCCAGGCUCGGAAGCUGCAGAGGAACCGUGCGAAGGGCACCAUGACCCUGCUGACGGGAUGCAAGCGACACUCCACGCCACCAACCCUCCGACGCAGCGUGAGUGAGACCAGCCUCAGUCAUGUGGGCUCGCUGGAGGAGGAGCAGCUCAAGAGACAUUACUCCACGCUGCCCGAGACCAUCCGCGGCCUGGAGAACUCGAGGGAUGAGCAGCAGGCCCCCACGGCAGAGCGGAAUGGCAGCAGUGUGUGGUACUCCCUCUACCACUCCCCUCACCUCCUACUCCUGCAGGGCUACAGUUACCAGCAGGAUAGCUUGGUUUACCUGCUGAACCGCGAGCAGCACACAGUGGGCCAGAGGACUCAGUCCAGCAAACCCAGCAUCAGCCUCUUCGCCCCGGACAUCCUGCCCCUUCACUGCACCAUCAGGAGACUCAAGCUGUCGAGCCGCUCCCGACACCGUUCGGAGGAGAAGCUGAUCCUUGAGCUCAUCCCGGGGGCCAGUGUGUCCAUCAACUUCUCCGAAGUGGUAACGACGAUUGUGCUGCACCACGGAGACUUGCUGUCCCUGGGGCUUUACUACCUGCUUCUCUACAAGGACCCCACGAGGGCCCAGCCACUGCCUGCGCAGACGCUGAUGAGGCUGAAAUCUAUGCAUCGAGCCUCGGACCCCGAGGCACCCGUGACCUGUAAGAUGUGUGGCAGCCAGCUCAAGGAGAGGGGCCCCUCCUCCAAGAAGCACGGGCCCUCCCCCACCGCAGGCCAACGAUCAGCCCGGAAGAGGCUGCAGCUGGAGUUUGAGCGAGCUGCCGAGGACGUGCUGGUGAGACGGAUCAUGACCUUGAUCGAGCCUGGGGGUGACGAUCACAAGUUGACACCGGCCUUCCUCUUGUGCCUCUGCAUCCAGCACUCCGCCACCAGCUUUGAGCCGGGCGACUUCGGCCAGCUGCUGCUCAAGUCAGCCAGGAUGAUUCAGAGCACAGUGUGGGAGAAAACGAAAGAACUGGCCGAGAAGCAGUCCCAGCAUCAGGAUCCUGGAUCCCUGUCCCGCUUCACUGUCACAGACCUGGUCCCGGACCUGCAGCACAUUCUCUUCUGGAUGUCCAACUCCAUUGAGCUCCUGUACUUUAUCCAACAGAAAUCCCCCAUCUACAUCCAGAGCCUGGAGGAGGAGCUGGAUGUCAAGGGUUCUAAGGAGUCUCUGUUCUCUUCAACCAUCACAGCCAGUGAGGAAGCCAUGACAGUCCUAGAGGAAGUGAUCAUGUAUACUUUUCAGCAGUGUGUCUAUUAUAUCUCCAAGUCUCUGUAUGUAUCUCUACCUGCCCUCCUGGAGUGUAACCCCUUCCAGAGUGAGGGCCAGGAAGGUUGGCGGGCAUCGUCCCAGUUGCCUGAAGAAAUACGUAAAGUUGUGUUGAUCUACCAGGCUACGCUGGACCUACUCCACCAGUAUGAAGUGCACCCCGAAAUAGCCUCCCAGAUGUUUGCCUAUCUCUUCUUCUUCUCCAACACUCUGCUCUUUAACCAGCUCAUGGACAAAGGCUGCUUCUACUGGUCGAAAGGAGUGAAGAUCCGCGCCGGCCUGCGGCUCCUCCUGGAGUGGAUGCGGGGCAUGGGCUUCGGACACCUGGCCGAGCAGUUCUUCAGCAAGCUUUCCAGUGUGGCUCACCUGCUGGCCAUGCCAAGCACCCAGCUGGCGCAGAUGACCUGGCCAUUGCUGAGAGCCGAGUUCCCCGCCCUGAGCCCUGCUCAGCUCCAUCACAUCCUGACUCAGUUCCAGCCAGCGUCCGAGGUCGGGUGUGUCGCGGCCUGGCAGGAGGACAGCCCUGCAGCCUUCGAGACAGACGAAGUGCUAGAGUCCUUUGAUAACCACCCACCCAUCAUCCUGCCAAGUGGAGGAUUUAAGGUGGACUUGGAGGUGGAGACGCUGGACGAUAAUGUGUACCGGCAUCUCCUGUACAUCCGUCACUUCCUGUGGAGUCUGCGGAGCAAGAGCCCCCACGCCGGUGACUUGCUGGAGUUGGAGCCCCUGAAGAAAGACGUUCCCACCAGCCAAAAUGCCCCCGAGGUGCCCGAGAACGCACUCACCUUGCCAGCCCUGGGGAAUUCCUUUGGCCAGUCGGAUUACAGACGCCCAGGUAGCUGUGUGGAGGCAGAGGCUGCUGGAAGCCCUCCGCUCCCCACAGACAUGAGCCGAUCCCCCCGAGACUAUUACACCAGUGAGCCACAGCGCCAAGAAAAACUCAAGCAUCUGCAACUGCCCAGCAGCCUGGGGAAAAACCACCUCUCCAAGGCCAGCGUGUUGCCAGUGGAUCCCUCCUGCUUACUGACCCCUCCCAAUACGCCUCUGAACUUUGACCCUGGACGCCCAGAAUCCCCUCAGAGCACCAGCUGUGGGAAGGUCAUCCAGGACCCCAAGAAGGAUGGACUCAAUGGCACGAAAGCCACCACCCCUGAAGGAUGUUCUCCGAUGCCCUACGACUAUCCCACGCCAGCUUCCUCCAGUCGCAGCUCAGCCACGGAUGAUUUCUGCUACGUCUUUGUGGUGGAGUUGGAAAAAGGGCCUAUUGGGUUGGGGAUGGGACUGAUUGAUGGCUUGCACACCCCUUUGAACUCUCCUGGCAUCUACAUCAGGACCCUCAUCCAGGGCAGUCCUGCAGCCUCAGACGGCAGACUCUCCAUAGGCGACCGCAUCCUGGCUGUUAACGGCACCAGUCUGAUUGGAGCAGAUUACCAGAGUGCAGUGGAGCUUAUCCGGUCUGGAGGGAAGAAGCUGCGGUUUCUGGUUGCCAAGUCUGACAUGGAAAUAGCCAAGAAAAUCAGCUCCAGCUCACCAUCGUCCUCUUAACGCUCACGUUGCAAGAGCCUGGCCGUAGCCCCUACAAACGAAGUUGCUGUCAAGGCCAACUACACAAAAGCUGGUGGGAUGGGCAGAGACUGUACCUAGAACAUGGAGGAUCCAGCGUGAAAUUGCACCAUUCCAGGACUAAGGAACUGUUCUCAAUUUGCUUUUCAGACUGCUGGGUAUCUCUGUUCUGCUCUUCCAGGGUCCAGUGGGGACACUGCUGAGCAAGUGAGGGAGGGGGCUUUACAAUUCAAACACCCCUCCGCUCACAGGUGUAUCGCAUGGGCUCAUUUUACAGCUGACGUCCUUCCCCUGGCCAGCCUCAGCGUGGGAUUUCCAUAGCCCCUACUUACCUGCCCACCCCACACUCCUCUCUGCAGAGGGCAGAUCCCAUUCCAGGCAGUCAAAGUGCUCUUCAGCUCAACCGAGGUUAGGAAUAAGCUAUUCCAUUCCUCUGCACUCAGAGGGCAUGGCAGGGCUGGUGACUGGGAGUGGGGGCCCUAGUGGCUGCUGUUGCAAUUAUUGAGUUACCUAGCGCUGGCCCCUGGGAGAUUUUGAGCACCUAGUGAUUAACAUAACAAUUACAGUUAACGUAGGCCAGAACUGCCAGGGAACAUUUAUUACAAACCCCAAACAGUUGCUGG